UGUCUUGUGACUCGCACCAACAGACAGUCAUGGCAGGGUGGCAUUGCUUCGUCAUUCUCCUCGCAGCGCUCGUUCUCUCGUUCUCUUCGACGACUGCCCCGCCUGCCGCUGCUGCCGUCACUCUCGAUCCCUCGCAAGCGGCGGUGCUGGCGGAGUGUCAGAAAAAGUGGGGGCCGAAGGCGCAGCUGACCGGGUGGAGCAAGGGGGGGGAUUGCGCCCAGGUGAAGGGCGUGCGCUGCGAUGCCGCUGGCUUCAUUGUCUCCAUAAACGUCACUUAUCGGCCUCUCUUUGGUCCCCUUCCAGAUGCAGUGGGGAGCCUCACAACACUCACGGAACUGACGCUUACAAAAACAGGACUUUACGGCUCAAUCCCGUCGUCCCUGUUCGGUCUCACCAACCUCGUCACAUUAGAUCUCUAUGGCAAUUGGCUGUUUGGGCCCAUUCCAACAGCCAUUGGUGGCCUUGCUGCGCUCUCACACCUAGAUCUCAGUUGGAAUUGGCUGACAGGCUCCAUUCCAUCAGCUAUUGGUGGCCUUGUUUCCCUCUCAUUCCUGGACCUAAGCAAGAACACCCGCAUCAACGGAACCAUUCCCCUGGAGAUGGAAAGCCUCACCAACCUCAGAUCCUUAGCUCUCAGCUUUAUGGGUUUAACGGGUCCCUUUCCAUCCUGGAUAUCUGGUCGCACUACACUCACCUACAUAGACGUUGUUGGCAACAGGUUUGUUGGAAGCAUUCCAGAGUCCAUUGGCAGUGCCAUCAACCUCAAAGUCUUCUCUGUGUGGCACAAUCAGCUCACAGGCAGCAUUCCAGAGUCCUUCGGCAGCCUCACCAAACUCAACAGCGUGGAUUUGUCUAAUAACCUGUUUGUUGGUACCAUCCCGGAGGGCAUUGGCAACAUGAAGUAUAUAACCUCAUUAACGGAGGACCUCUCUAACAACCUUUUGACCGGCACAAUCCCCAGUAGCCUGUCUCGUCUCACUGACCUGCAAGAGCUGUUCCUAAAUGAGAACAAGCUGAAUGAGUCCCUUCCUGCCUGGAUUGCAAUGUUUUCCAACAUUGUAGCACUUGAUGUCAGUGGGAACGAGUUGUCCGGGCCUCUACCUGCCGCUCUUGGCAGUUUGACGGGUCUCAGCUUUCUCGACAUCUCAUCCUCUGGUCUCACGUGUCCUCCAGAUACUGCCAGCUGUGUGGUUCGCCAAUCCAAUGAAAGCGCCUUUUGCUCAAAGUGCAAGAGCUUUUGUGACACAUGUACAUCAGAUGAAGCAGCCCUGUCACCUCGGCCAGCACCCCCGGCACCUCCUUCCUCGCCCUCGUCCUCUUCCCACUACGACCUGUCCAUUGGAGCUGUCAUCGGCAUUGUGGCGGGAGCCAUCUUCGUCCUGCUUGUCUUGCUCGGUUCUGCUUGGUGGACUGUUGGACGGCGCAAAGCAUCUGAUGGAGGUCACAUCCUUAUAUUAUCGUCAGUCCCCAGCUUGCAAAAUGCACCCACACUGUGCCAGAAGUACCCCCUGGCUGUUGUCGUUCGCGCCACAGGCAACUGGUCCAAGGACAAGCUACUUGGGUCGGGGUCGUUCGGAGACGUGUAUCGCGGGGUGUGCCCUGAUGAUGGCACCACGCUGUGGGCAGUGAAGCGAGCCAAAUUCAUCAGCGCUGACUUCCACAGAGAGGUGGCUCAGAUGGCCACGAAGCACCAUCCUAAUUUGGUGCGGCUGCUGGGGUUCGCAGUGGGUGGGGAUGUGAACACACGGGUGGAGAAUGUUCUCAUCUACGAGUUCAUUCCCAAUGGUGACCUGCAGAGGUGGAUUGGCCAAGAUGCCCCCACGAGUCUGACUCUGCAGCAGCGGGUAGACAUUCUCAUAGGGGCUGCACGUGGCUUGGAGUAUCUUCACAGCUUCGGCAUUGUCCAUCGCGACAUCAAGCCGGCCAACAUCCUCAUCGAUGCCGACAUGCAGGCUAAGGUGGCAGACUUUGGACUGGUGCGUGUGGGAGAGGGCACUGCAAUGGGCUACACGCGAGUGCUUGGAACAGCAGGCUAUGUGGACCCCGCUUACUCCAGAACACACAACGCCACCACCGCGGCUGAUGUUUACAGCUUUGGCAUUCUAAUGCUGGUGAUGCUGUCAGGCAGAGGAGCCACAAUCAAUGAAAUCAACCUGCGCAAUGAAUCAGACAACCCUGGCGACCGAUCACCAAUUUCCAUUUCCAAAUGGGCAACUCAUCUCAUGGCUAAUGAAAUGACAUCACUUCUUGGGGACCCCAGCUUGGCAGCACCUGAUGACAUCAUCAAGCGCAUUACCCAGCUGGCUGUGAGCUGCACUGCUAUGCCCACUGCCUCCCGCCCCUCCAUGCUUCGAGUGGUCCAAGACUUGGAGGCUUUGAGGGAGGAAGUGGGAGGCGGGGAUGCGAGGGCGAGAGUGUCGGCAAGGAUUGAUGCGAUGUUGGUGAGCCAGGAGUCUAGGAGAAGUAUGGAGGAGGAUCUUGCGUUGGUGGCAGAGCAGUUCGCUGACACGGGCACAGUUAUAGCUAGGGUCCCGAGCCAUCCGGAGAGCACUGACUCCAGUGCAAUGGCAGAUGAAGGGGUCUCCUGAUUACCGUAAUCCCCUGUACAUAACACCCUAUGGUGUAUAUAAAAAUUCACUAAAAAAAUGACUGGGUGUUA